AGUUUACGCACUUUUCGGGUAGUACGCCUGGAAUUUCAAAAUGGCGUUCAAACAGCGGUUGGUCGUUGAAGGCUCAGCUGGUCAGUAUCGUCGCUGCCGCCAAUGCGACAACAUGUACCGCUGAUUUCCGACAGCAACAACAUUGCUCCAGGAAUUUGGAGCUGGCAACCCUGAGUGUGUGUUGUUGUUGUUGUGAGGUUGGUGGUGGAGGGCGGCCCACAGACGCCCACCAUGGCUGAGGAGGUGAUGUUCGACUUCAUUCACAUGGAGGCCGUCAGGUACGCCUUCCAAGGAGGAGAGAAGAUGUCAGAAGAUGAAGCCAUCUCAAAAUUGGAGCACAUGGGUUUUGCCACUGGUUACAGGCUUGUUGAAAGAUUAACAAGGGAAUCUGGAAGGUAUAAGGAUGAGUUGGACAUCAUGAAAUACAUUUGUAAGGACCUGUGGGUAACCGUUUACAAGAAACAGAUUGAUAAUUUACGAACUAAUCACCAGGGGGUUUAUGUCCUCCAUGACAACCGGUUUCGCUUUCUUUCUCACAUGGCAGCAGGAAAGCAAUAUCUUCAGUAUGCUCCAAGGUACCUGGCCUUCACUUGUGGACUAGUGCGUGGAUGUCUAGCCAACUUGGGUGUCACCUGUGUGGUCACAGCAGAAGUUACACAGCUUCCAGCAUGCAAGUUCCAAAUCCAAGUUCAACGAGGGUGAUUCUUCCGAUAAUUUGUUAUUUAUACGAUUAAAUACACGUAUAGUUUUCAUUAUUUUAAAGAAUAGUUAUAUUAUACUGUUCAGUAUUAAUACUGACUUAUGCAUAUAAAUAAAACAAUCUCACUA